UGGUAAUGCUGCAGGGUUCUGGUGGCGAUGCCGGCGGUCGUCGAGAGGUUCAUGGACUGGACGGUGUCAUGGCUGCCGAUGUACGAAGAGGCGAAGCUGCUGCUCGUCAUCUACCUCUCGCACCCUAGCACACGGGUUGCGGGGCAUGUGUAUGAAGGCUUCCUCCAUCCGCUGGUGGCGUGGCACGAGGCCGACAUCGACUGGGGCCUGCUUGAGCCGAGGGCUAGGGCGAGGGACGUGACAGCGUCACAACUCAAGGCGGCAGCUAUCAUCGGUCAAGUGUGGCUCGUCGAGGCUAACCACUGUGUUUCGUCGCAGCUGCAGGCCGUGAAAUCAUGCUAGGAAGGCGCCAUGCAUUGACAAGUGAGCCGAUUUUUGGAUCGGACCAUAACAACAUGUCUCAGUCUCUGACGUCUAGAAGUAGUGGUAAAGUUUUGAAUUUGCAUGCCAAGAACCACUUAGGUAGGUAGCUGACACGCACAACACUGUGUUUACACUCUUACUUAUGUAAAAUAUAUGAAUUAUACAUGAGUUGCCUCUACAAUGAAGAACUGUGAUAGUAGAUACGACAAUUGUGUGAUAGAAUGGAAUUGAUUGAUUUUAUUUUUUUAAUUUCAAAUAAGUUAGUAGU